AGGGUUAAAUUAUUCAGGAUUACCUGCCAGUAUGAAGUCACAUGAUAGCGUGACCUCGAGUGAGUCAAAAAAUGUCCGUAGGAGAUCAGGUGAAUGUUGCCUUCCCUCGCACACCUUCACAGGGAAACAUGAGAAGAGAAAUCAGACACCUGCCUCUUUCCCCUCCUCACAACUGCCCUCACCAUUGUUCAUUUGGCUUGUAGUUUCUGUAGCAUUGGCACAGACGGAGCGAGGAAUUGCGUUCAAACUCCAAAGGAAAUUCAGGACCUGUAGAAGCCAAAGUCAGGGUUGGUGAAGGUUUGAUACUCUGCCUUGAAUUUGGGCUCAACUGCAAGCUGACUCUCUUCAGUGGUUUUACGUUAACGGGUAAUGCCCUGCUUCUACUAAAACUGUCAGGAACGUCAUGUCUGUUCGAGGCACCGUUCCUCCUCCGGAUUACUACCCCUUUGACAUUGCCUUAUCUGCCCAGCCACCUGAAGAUCUGCAGGGCUUUUAUAAAGGAAACCAACACAUGCUGAGCAGAUCUGGCUCUUAUUAUGGCCUGGCCACAGGAGGGGUCAGGUCUGCUUGGGAUCAAGGGCAAGCUAGGGCGACUACUCCUGCGCCUACUCCUGGCCCUCAUCCUCCACUGCCCCCUCCACCUCCUCCCCCGCCCUCGGCUCAUGAGAUCAGCCGUUUGUACAGGGAUUCUCUGGCUGUCAGGAUGAUCCCAGACAGUCAGCGUAUUCGCAGUAGAGCUGCCUCACCUGCUUGCUUCGGCAUCGAGUCUGCCGUGUCCAGAUAUUCAGCCGAACAGGCCUCUUUAGGUGCCCAUUCCCUUUACGGCAACGGCCUUCAUCUGGAAUCCUGUCAUCCGCCCUCCACUUGUAUCGUGGUGGACCCCACGGCUUCGGCCAUGGAUGGAACGCUUCCUCGAGGGACUCAGGCUUAUGGCUCCUUAGCAACACAGAGGAUGCCCUAUGACCCCACUUAUGAUCCGAGCACAGGUAUGGUGCCUUCUGUGCCAGCUCAACUGACCACCGGGAUGCCCACCCAUCACCCUUCGGCAGCCGCUACUGUAGACCCAAAGAGAACUGUGGAUCCAGGGUUUCUUGCUCUCCUGCGCUCCGAGGGUCUGUCAGAAAGCGCCAUAACCCUUCUUCUCCAGCAAGGUUUUGACUCAACUGCCAUGCUUGCCAUGAUGGAAGACCACGAUGUCCGUGCUGUGGCACCAAACCUGGGCCAGGCACGUGCGUUGUCACGUGUGGUUCUUAAUUGUAAGACAGAUGCGACGGGUGCCACAGCCAUGCGCGGUCGUUCUAACAGCUUCAGCCACUGCAAUGACCUCUACAUGCAGCCUCAGGCCCUCGGCAUGGAUGCCCACCUCAUGCAACAGCCUCCCAGCGCCCUGCAGUCCGUCUCCCCCAGAAUGGGAGAGUUUAUGGGUCGCCGGCCAAGCAGCGCUCCCUCUCAGCAUCUGCUCGAAACCGCAGCGUACCCUGCGGUUCGCUCGCUCAGAGGUCUUCCAACUAGUCCGGGCGGUUAUAGCAACGCGCUUCCGCAAGCGAGACCCCUGUCCAUGUACAAUACCCACAGUGGCCUCAGCAUGUCCGGUUUGCCAGCUCAACAGCAGCCCACCAGUCACGGGGCAGCACCCAAGACCUUCUCCAGCAAUUACACGCCCAUGGAGCUGAUGAAGCGCCCACCAAACCUGCCAGCUCUCUCUCCGGCUCAAAGCCCCCAUCACAGCCCUCAGUUACUGCGGAAAGGAGCGCCUGUGGAGUCUGCUGUCCUUCCGGCAUCUUCUGCCCAUCAGCCUCAAACCAUUAAUCCAAACAACAAGCAGACCCGUCGCACCGGACCGCCCGUCAUCGUAUCCACCAUGGCUUCUCCCGACACAAGUAUCAGACCUCAGAACAUGAACGGUCCUCUUCAUCCUCGUCCUCUGAUCGCGCUGUUGGACGGGCGUGACUGUACGGUUGAGAUGCCCAUACUGAAGGAUCUGGCCACUGUGGCGUUCUGUGAUGCCCAAUCCACACAAGAGAUACACGAGAAGGUGUUAAAUGAAGCUGUCGGGGCUCUGUUGUAUCACACCAUCACACUCACAAGAGAAGAUCUGGAGAAGUUUAAAGCUCUGAGGAUUAUUAUACGCAUCGGCAGUGGAUAUGAUAAUAUAGACAUUAAAGCUGCUGGAGAACUCGGGAUUGCGGUGUGUAAUAUUCCGUCUGCAGCAGUGGAGGAAACGGCCGACUCGACUCUGUGUCACAUUCUUAAUCUGUACCGGAGGAACACGUGGCUGUAUCAGGCGCUGCGAGACGGAACGCGCGUUCAGAGCGUUGAGCAGAUCCGUGAGGUGGCAUCAGGAGCCGCGCGUAUCCGUGGAGAAACACUCGGACUCAUCGGCUUCGGUCGUUCGGGUCAGGCGGUCGCUGUGAGGGCAAAAGUGUUCGGCUUCAAUGUCAUCUUUUAUGACCCGUACCUGCAGGAUGGACUGGAGCGAUCGCUGGGCGUUCAACGCGUGUACACACUGCAGGAUCUGCUGUACCAGAGCGACUGUGUGUCUCUACACUGUAACCUUAAUGAACAUAAUCAUCACCUCAUUAACGACUUCACCAUUAAACAGAUGCGUCAGGGUGCGUUCCUGGUGAACACCGCUCGUGGAGGUCUGGUGGAUGAGAAAGCUCUCGCUCAGGCGCUGAAGGAGGGCAGAAUACGAGGAGCCGCUCUCGACGUUCAUGAGACUGAACCGUUCAGUUUUGCACAGGGUUCUCUUAAAGACGCCCCAAAUCUCAUCUGCACUCCACACUCGGCCUGGUACAGCGAACAAGCGUCUCUAGAGAUGAGAGAAGCUGCAGCUACAGAGAUACGCAGAGCCAUCACAGGUCGUAUUCCAGACAGUUUGAGGAACUGUGUUAAUAAAGAGUUCUUCGUGACGUCGGGCCCGUGGGGUGUGAUGGAGCAGCAGAGCGUUCAUCCUGAGCUCAACGGCGCCACCUACAGCCAUGUGAACCAAUCACUGCAAGCCAUCACAACAAGCUCCGCCCCCCAAGAGAAAUUCAAUGCCUAAAUGAAGAGCAGGUUCCCAUCAGCUGUGGCUGGAGUGGCAUCAGGGGGCGUUCCAGCAGGUUUGGAGGGUCUGGUGCCAGUUCCACACUCAAUGCCCUCGGGCAACCGAGCAUCCCGGACGCCGUCCCCAAACCAGCCCUCGAAACACGGAGAGACCAGAGGCCACCUGCUAGAGCAAUAGCAUUAGCAUUAGCAUCAUAACACAAACCCAGAGAACUGUGAUCCAAGACGAACUUGUUUUAGGGACAUCUCUGCCUCUUUUAUUGGAUGAUUUUCCUUUCUGCUGUUUUGGAGGAAACUCAUGUUUUAUUCUUGCGAUUGCGGCACAGAGGCUCCGCCCCUCCGGAACAGAAACUUGCCAUGCUGAUGGACCACACCCACUUUAUUUUCCUGUUAGUUUGAAGUGUUUUUGCUUUCAUCUCUUAAGUGUGAAUCAUUUCGUUUAAAAACUGUUUUCAAAAUGGACAAACAUAUACUGACUGCCAGCAGGUGAACUACAGUGACACGCUCCAGGCCACGCCCACUCAUCUAUCCAUCACAAUGAUUGACAGCUUAGUGCUCUUCUUUGAUUGGCCAAGGAAUGUUAUACCAAACGAAACAUUUCUCACGUGUGUGUGUUCUUUGCAUACCUGUUCAGCAAACUGUGAUAUCUAUAGAUGUAGACUUUAAAUACGGUUCUCUUCUAGUUCAGCAGAUGAUGUUUAAAUGAAGCUCAUUUCUUAUUUUAUACUGUUGAGUUUUUGGUUCUGUCUCAUCCACAACAGCUUCACUCAGCUAAAUGACUCAGGAAGAUCACAUGGUCACUCACUACCCCACCUGACCCUGACCCCCACCUGUCCCUGACCUCCACCCCCACCUGACCCCCACCUGACCCUGACCUCCACCUGUCCCUGACCUCCACCUGACCCUGACCCCCACCUGUCCCUGACCUCCACCCCCACCUGACCCCCACCUGACCCUGACCUCCACCUGUCCCUGACCUCCACCUGACCCUGACCCCCACCUGUCCCUGACCUCCACCUGACCCUGACUCCCACCUGACUCUGACCCCCACCUGACCCUGACCUCCACCUGUCCCUGACCUCCACCUGACCCUGACCCCCACCUGACCCUGACCCCCACCUGACCCUGACUCCCACCUGACUCUGACCUCCACCUGUCCCUGACCUCCACCUGACCCUGACCCCCACCUGACCCUGACUCCCACCUGACUCUGACCCCCACCUGACCCUGACCUCCACCUGUCCCUGACCUCCACCUGUCCCUGACCCCCACCUGUCCCUGACCUCCACCUGACCCUGACUCCCACCAGACUCUGACCCCCACCUGACCCUGACCCCCACCUGUCCCUGACCUCCACCUGACCCUGACCCCCACCUGUCCCUGACCUCCACCUGUCCCUGACCCCCACCUGACCCUGACCUCCACCUGACCCCCACCUGUCCCUGACCUCCACCUGACCCUGACCCCCACCUGACCCCCGCCUGACCCUGACCUCCACCUGUCCCUGACCCUGACCCCCACCUGUCCCUGACCUCCACCUGACCCUGACCCCCACCUGUCCCUGACCCCCACCUGACCUCCACCUGACCCCCACCUGACUCUGACCCCCACCUGACCCACACCUGACCCUCACCUGACUCUGACCCUGACCCCCACCUUUCCCUUAACCCCACCUGACCCACACCUGACCCUGACCCCCACCUGACCUUGACCCCCACCUGACCCUGACUCAAAGGUGUUUUGAGUAAGAGAUAAUGUGUAGAUGUCCCUGUGCAGUCGUGUUUCACUCAUGUUAGUGUUUUUAUAAGGCAACACGUGGUCUCAUGGUGUUGUGCUUUCUGAACAUUUAAAAAUGAAGGUUUUUGCAAGUCUGGUUUUUAUUGGCUAGAUAAAUGUUAAAUAGUCGUGUGUGUGUGUGUGUCCCUCCCAUGUUUUGUGUCCUUUAUUUGGUUUAUUCUCUUGAAUGUGUUUGUCAGAAAGAAACUCAGUUUCAUUAUUUGUGUUUUAAUGAACGUUUAAUAUUCAGAACACUUCAAAUAAAAUGUGCAGUUUUGAGGUUCAAAGCAUAGUUUUAUGGAUUUAGAAAUAGUUGGAUGAGAAUUAUAUUUCAUUAAUGAUGAGUUUCAUGUAAUUAAAUAGUUUGCGUUCCCUCGCAAUAAGAUUGUGUGUGUGUGUGAGUGUGUGUGUGUGUGUGUGUGUGUGUGUGUGUGUGUGUGUGUGUGUGUGUGUGAGUGUGUGAGUAUGUGUGUGUGUGUGUGAUGAGUGUUUGU